AUGCUCGCCUCUACCUUGAAUCCACAAGCCACGGCGCUUCAGCAGCACAUCAAUGCCGCCGAAGGCGCCUGGAAUCCCGCCGAAGAUAUGGACUGCGACGAGGACCAGAUCCGCGCGGUCGCUCCUCUCAAAGGCAACUCUCUCGACCGCUCCGUCAACAAUGUCAUGAGCAACAUGGCUUCAUCUCAGUCAACCCACUCCAUUUCUUCAUCAAGUAGCUCCGGCGACUUUGAGCCCGAACUUAGCCAGUCGCUCGGCUCCGUCUCGAGCUUCGACCUUCGCACACCCCUCAAGCCCAGCCUUGCGGCAAAUCACCUCUACGACCCCAAUGAGUCCUUCAAUAGCCUCGGUCUUCACAAGCAGACCGCACCGGUCGCACAACGUCCUACGAAGAACAUGCUCGCCGAAGCUCUCGCUGCACGAAAGGUCCGCCCCACCUCCAACCCAUCCGACAUGACUUCUGCCGAGGACGCCUCGCCAGCCCCAUCAGCACAAGCGCCUGCAUCAUUCACACAGGAAGUCUCUCCCAAGAGCCAGACAUCGAGCGCGGCCCGAGCCUUCCCCAUCGCCGCACCCUCCUCUCCGCUCAAUCGUCCUAACAAGCCAAAGCUCACUCUUCCUACCUUGGCACCCUCGGCUUUUGCCCGACCAAACUUUCCUCAAACCCCCAACGGAACGCUCUUCUUUGGCGCUCGCGAUGGCGCCGCCACAGGUGCACCGGUCAGCCCCUUCAUGCCACCGACUCCUCUCGUGGCCUCCAUGAUGGAGGCAGAGCAGAACAAGCGUGCUUCUGAGGCUGAACAACGCAACAGUCCCAUCUCGCCUCAACUGCCUCGCGCUUCGUUGCCCUUCCCCAUGACUUCGACGCCUCGUCAGGUCAGGCCAGUGCGCGCUCCUCUCCAGCGACAUGGCUCGCUUGGCAUGUCGCCUCUGUCGCGUGAGUUCGCCAGCGUCAGCAUGCGAGGCAAGUCCAAGAGCAACGAGAAUCCCUCCUCUACCGGAUCGCCCAUCCCGCGCAGAGCACAGGAGCUCUCUGCCGGUCGCAACGCAGGCUCCCCCUCGACGCUCCUUACUCCUCCGUAUUCGCCGCUGGCAUUGGCAAAGAGCUUGCCUGAAGAGGCCUCGGUGAUGGCACAACGGAGGUCGAGCAGCCCCAGCAGCGUCUCAUCUUCAAGCAGCAAGAAGCUGAGAGCCAAGGAGAGCCUGCUCGGCGGAGGCGCUGAUUUGUCGCGAUCGUUCAGCGCCAACCGCUUCAAGUCGAACACACGUCCGAAAGCGGUGCCGAAACCUUUCAAUCUUGACAAGGCCUUCCCCGCCGAUGCGCAAAACCUCAAUGCCACCUCGGUGAGCCCGCAGCCUCUCUCGGCGCCGGCCAUGAAGAUCUCUUUCGCCGAUGACGAUACCGAGAUCGAGGUCGACCAGCGCUUGAGUCCAGAGCCCAUGGUUCCCGAACAAGCCGACGCUUACUCGGACGUCGUCCCAGCGCAGCCAAUCGCUGACUCUUCGCUGCUGUCGCCAUGCGACGCGCUUAAAGCGACCUCCAUGGAGAAGUCUUUCAGCGCUCCCUUGCCGCCCGCACAGACCGUGUCGGCGAAACAACUCGCUGACCACGAGCUGCACCCUCGCUUCGAUGCAAAUUACACAAUCGGAGACGAGCUUGGCAGCGGUGGGUUCGGAUUCGUCGUCGCCGCCAAGCGCAACACUGAUGGCUUGCCUGUAGCUGUCAAGUUCAUCUUCAAGAACAAGGUGCCCGCCCACGGCUGGGUGCGUGACCCCAAGCUGGGCGUCAUCCCGAUGGAAGCCUUUGUGCUCAAGGUGGUCGACCACCCUGGUGUAGUCAAGUUCAUCGAUCUGUUUGAUGACCACAAGUUCUUCUAUCUGGUCAUGGAGUUGCACGGUACGCCUUGGCAGCCACCCGCACCCGAACCUGUUGCACCAACAAAGGCGCUCCGUCCAGCACCGAUGAUGCGUCGAACCAGCCGGGAUCUGUUCGAGUGCAUCGAGCAGCACUCGAGGUUGACCGAGGAGCAGGCACGCUGGGUCUUUGCCCAGGUCGUCGAGACCGUAUGGCACCUUGACCGCAUCGGCAUCUGCCAUCGCGACAUCAAGGACGAAAACUGCGUCGUCGAUGCCGACUUUAACGUCAAGCUCAUCGACUUUGGCUCUGCGGUCAUCACCGAUGUCCGCAAGCCUCAGCCUUACUUCAACCGCUUCUUCGGUACCAUGACGUUUGCCAGCCCCGAGAUUCUUCAGGGUCAACCGUACCGCGCACCACAUGCCGAGAUUUGGUCCCUCGGCGUGCUGCUUUCCAUCCUGCUCAGUGGUCAGUGUCCCUUUGCCGAUCCGGCUGCUGCGAUCAAGGGUCAGAUCAGCAAGCCAAAGGGUGCUUGGUCGUCCGAUGCGCUGAACCUGCUGUUGAUGUGCCUCGAAGUGGACACUGAGCGUCGAGCGACGAUCGCUCAGAUCCGAGACCAUCCUUGGGUCCACAGGGCUUGGAAGGAACGAGCUGCCAAGCUUCAAAAACAAUCCUCUUCUCUCUAG